CCCGCGCGAGUUCUCGCGAGACUUCCGGGGAGGCCGCGGCGGCGGCGGGAUGGGAGCGCCGAGAUGCCCCGGCACUGCUCCGCCGCCGGCUGCUGCACCCGCGACACGCGCGACACCCGCGGCAGAGGCAUCUCCUUCCACCGGUUGCCUCGCCGUGACGACCCCCGUCGCGCUCAGUGGUUGGAGAACAGCCGGCGGCGGGACCCGGCCGGGGGGGGGCGCUGGGACCCCAGCUCCAAAUACAUCUACUUCUGCUCGCAGCACUUUGAGAGCUCCUGCUUCGAGCUCGUGGGCUACAGUGGUUAUCACCGGCUGAAGGAGGGCGCCGUGCCCACCGUGUUCGCCCCCGGCCCCUCGCGGCCCCCCAAGCCCCCCAAGCCCCCCCCGGAGCGCGACCCCCCAAGACCCCCGCGGGGCACCCGCAGGUGGAGACGGGACCUCCCCCCAGCCCCGCCGCCCCCCCCGGUACCCUCGGACGUCUCGUGCUUCCCGCGCGACUCCAAAGACCCCGGCCCGCCCCCGGCCGGCGACCACGGCGGGGUCCCGGCGCUGCCCGGCCCCUCGGGCUCCAUCCCAGAGACGCUCCUGGCGGCCACGGGCGACGCCGCGGCUGCCGCCACCCCGGCCCUGCCCGAGGGGGCGCCCCCGAUCCCCGCGGGACCCCCGGCCCCUCCGGCGCCGCCGUCCCCGUCGCUGUUCAUGCUGCGGCUGCCGCCCCGCGCCGGCUCGUACAUCCAGAGCGAGCACAGCUACCAGGUGGGCAGCGCCCUGCUCUGGAAGCGCCGCGCCGAGGCCGCGCUGGACGCGCUGGACAAGGCGCAGAGGCAGCUCCAGGCCGGGAAACGCCGCGAGCACCGGCUGAGGCUGCGCCUGGCGGAGCUGCAGAGGGAGCGCCGGGCCGGCCCCGAGCCGCGGAGGAGCUCCAAGGAGCGCCUGGAGGUGAUCGGGGAUGGAGGAGGAGGAGUUGGAGGUUUGUAAAUAAAGGAUUUUACUCUGAGCGUGCGGCUGGUGGAGCUCCAGAGGGGGAGGAGAGCGGGCUCCAAGCCACAGAGGAGCUCCAAGGAGCCCGUGGACCUGCAGCUGCUGGAGCUCCACAGGGAGGGGAGAGCGGAGGAGCUCCAAGGAGCACCUGGAGGUGCUCGGAGAUGGAGGAGGAGGAGGGCGGUGAGAAGCUGGAGGAGCUCCAAGGCUCAGGUGUGGCACGGAGGUUUGGAAAUCAAGGAUUUCGCUCUAUGGGUGCGGCUGGUGGAACUCCACAGGGAGCGCAGAGCUGGCUCCGAGCCGUGGAGGAGCUCCAAGGAGCCCGUGGAGCUCCAAGGAGUGCUUGGAGCUGCUCGGGGAUGCUGGAGGAGGGCAGUGAGGAGUUGGAGGUUUGUAAAUAAAGGAUGUUACCCUGAGGGUGCGGCUGGUGGAGCCCCAGGGUGAAGAGAUAACCAUUAAUUAACCUUUACUAAUUACCGCGGGGCCAUCAGCGCCCUGGGGACCACCUGAGGAACCUCUACAGCCCUAGAGAAGACUCAAAAAUGGGAAUUCAGGGUUUCAUUUCCAGUGUUGGCCCGGGCUGACGCCAACUCCAAGGUGCUGCAGACCUGCCCCAAGUGCUUAAUUAACCCCUAA